AAUGAUAAACAACAGCUUACGCAAUGUGCUGUUUUCGCCUAAUCUGACUGCGACAACUACAAUUUUGUGACAUCAAAAUGCCGAUUUCAAGCAAUGCUAGACUACUUGGGAAGACUUUGCGGCCUCUACUGGCAACAAAGUUAAUUCAACCGGUUCCUGCGUCAGCUUCGUAUCAUAAAAAUGUGAUAGAUCACUAUGAGAACCCAAGGAAUGUUGGAGCAAUGGACAAGAAUGACAAGAAUGUUGGCACAGGGUUGGUUGGUGCGCCAGCUUGUGGAGACGUCAUGAAACUACAGAUCAAGGUUGAUGAUGAUGGAAAGAUAGUAGAUGCUAAGUUUAAGACAUUUGGUUGUGGGUCAGCAAUAGCAUCAAGUUCAUUAGCCACUGAAUGGAUCAAAGGAAGAUCGGUUGAUGAGGCAAAGAAUAUCAAGAACACAGACAUCGCCAAAGAGUUGAGUCUUCCUCCAGUCAAGUUACAUUGUUCAAUGCUGGCAGAGGAUGCUAUCAAGGCGGCGCUCCAGGACUACAGGGUGAAGCAGGAUCCCAAGGAAGAGAAUGCUUAGAACCUAUGUUUUUAUAUUAUCAUUAUCAAUAAUCCUUCAUUAUAUUUUGUGUAUUUUAUUUUUAUGCAAUGAAAACAGUCGACUUUUUCAGUUUGCAGUAAAACCAGUAAUAGCUGGCAUUACCAUAGAUUAAAAAAUGCACACGUUGGUGUAAUAGAAAAAGAAAAACUUAUAUCAUUUAAAAUUGUUACACUUUCUACAUGUUUUGCCAGUUGCAUGCACAUCCCAAUUUGUGCUUAAGUUUAUAACUGAUUGUACAUUUACCUUUUCUGUUACACAGCAAAGUUUUACAGGGCAUUGACACAAUUCCAAUACAAGUUUCCCAAAUUUUGGAAGGAAUUCUAGCCACUUUUAAGUCAAUAAUGGUGUCAGUUUUUAUAAGGAGGAAAAAAUAACAACCCUAAUAGCAUCCUACAUUUAUGUGAACCGUAGUGGACAAUUUUCUAGUAAAUAAUGGGAAAUUAUGGUACAUGUAAAUACUGAUAAAUGUUUGGUCCAAAUCUGUGCAAUACUACAGUACCAGAUUAUUCUGGGCAUUGUCAGUAUGAGAUCAUACGAAUUUCUUCUUUUUGGGAGAACUCAUUCAUGCUAUUAUUAUUUCUCUCUUUUUAUGGAAUGUUAUGUAUAAAAGUGAUGCUCGGGUUUCUGAGUAAUUUGAAAAAGAAAAUAAAUCAAAGCUGGAUGCCUCAUUUUCUGUUUCUUAGAAAUCAAAAAGUGUGUUAAACUAUUUUUUACAACUGUAGACUUGAAUAAGCAUGUUAUUGGCUAAGUGGUAUUCUUGCUAGACAAAAGUUAAGUGCAAUGAAACAUAUUAUCAGUGUAGACUUAUAAGGUUAAGUACAUGCUCUUUGGAAAAAUUGUGACUCAUUGGUAAUGACUUAUAUCUAGACAGGCCUGUUGCAAAAUUGUGGUGCAUUUUCACGUUCUGUUGGAUCUUUUAGUGAUAUUAAUAAAAUUGGAAGCACUUUCCCUUUUUCAGAUUAUUAUAGAAUUGUUUGUUGUUACAAAAAUGCAAAGUGGUUUCAUGUUCAAGAAACAUGAACAUUGGUUGCCAAGGGAAAUACAUGUAGGCCUAUAGUACAACACAAUUGAUACUUUCUUCGUUGGCUGAAUGAAUUUUAGCUGCAAACAAGGAUGUUUGGUCAAUUAACGUAACCUGGGUCAAACUGGAAUAUCCUGUUUUUUCAUUAAUUGUACAAGCACUCCCUUUGAUGCACCUUUUUCUUCAUUUUUACGUUUUUUUCAGCAACUACUGCCCAUUUUGUUUUGAGGACAGUCAUAUUUAAGACUUUUCGCAUUUACUUCGGGGAAACUCUACAACGCACCAAUUCCUUUGAAAAUGCAAGUCGAAUCACAGUGGAGAUCUGAGAGGCUUUGUCGAAAUUGGUGGAACGGGACAGUAUCAGAAUCUCUUGACUCUGGACAAUGACAUAUUUGCAAUUGUUCGUCCGAUGCAUAUCUCCGGAUGAUCUGCUGUCCCAGUCCACCAACUUACGACAAAAGCCUCUCAGCUCUCCAUUGUGAUUUAAAUUGUAUUUUCAAAGGAAUAGAUCCAUUGCAGUUUCCCCAUAGUAAAUGCGAAACCUACCUAAUAGUAAAAUAAUGAAUAUCAUUCAGAAUUGAAAUGCAUGCAUCAUCUAACUCCACAAGGAGUGUUUCUUAUAACCUGCAUGUAGGAUGGUGUG